AUGAGUCUCAGCACGGACUACGCCCUUGAGAACAGAGAGCGGUUUAUUGUCAAUCUGAUGCAACAAGACUUCGGACGUCAGGUGACAAGCAUCAGCAGACUUGGUCGGGACUCAAACAACUUCGUCCAUCUGAUCCAGCUGUCUAAAUCAAUCAACCAACCGACAACACCACCACCAACUGUGUUUAAGCCAGGAAUAUCCAGCUCUCUAGCGUCGGCUACCAAGGUGGUCAUUCGAAUAUCCAAUCCCCAGGCAUUGCUCAAUGAGGAUGUCCGAGUACAGAACGAGGUAGCUGCAAUGUGUCUUGCGAGACAGGCUCUCUCUACCUACGGUAGCAGACUAAUUCCUCAUACGUAUGCCUGGCAAUCAUCAGAAGAGGGCUAUGGAUGGAUUCUUCAAGAGUAUAUGGAAGGCGUCCCACUCGACAAAGAAAUGAAUGGCCUGAAUAGUGAUCGCAAGCAAGAUAUCCUUCAUCAGAUCGCCAAUGUGUUCAAGCUGAUCCAGAACUUCUCUCUCCCAGAAUCAGUCAAAGGCUACGGAGGGCUUACCUUUAAUGACUCUGGUGAAAUCGUCACGGGACCGACGACCAUUCCAUGUGGUGGGCCAUUUACCGAAUUCCAUGAGAUAGCUAAUCGGUGGAUGGCGUCGGAACGAUCUCAGAAAUCGUUUGGAGCGGUUUGCAGCAAGUGGGAUCAAAAAGUAGUCAUAGAAAAUUCUGUCGCUCGCCAGACAUUGGUUCACGGUGAUUUCAAUACCUUCAACAUGUUAUUCGACCCCUCAUCCAAUCUUUUGACCGCACUCCUUGAUUUCGAUUUAUCCCACAUCGCCACCCCAGCAGACGAGUACUUCUACUCCUUCCGCACCCUCGGCGCCUUACUAGCCGGACCUUUCGAGCCAGGCGACGAAGGCCAACUCCGCCAGUAUCUCCUCUACGGCAACGUUCCUGCCCAGAAUGGCACGAAAGUCGAUUUCGAGGUCGCCCAGAUGAUGGAUAAAGAGUUUGUUCGCGCGGGUGUGCUUCGACCGGCGGAUAUUCCUGGUGCGGGAGAACUUGCUGCGUUGAAGUGGUUUUUGGAGGAUGUGUCGCCUCCGUAUUUUUUUAUGGAACGGUGGUUGGAGUGGAAGGGGCGGGAGAAAGUUGAGGAGAUUAAAGUGGGCAUUGAGGAGACUUUGGGGGGGUAUUUGGAGAGAUGGGGGUUCUGA